UGAUAUAAAACAAUUUACGAACUAAUAACGUUCAUCGUAAACAAUAUUUAUAUUAUUUUUUUGUUUCUUUUUAAAUUAUUAAUAACGACACAUGAGAACGUUAUAUUCGCAAAGAGAAAAUUUACCAAAUACUUACUAUCUACAGAAUAAAUAUAGGUUAGCUUUUCAUUCUGAUGACUCUAGCAGUGAAAAUGUUGCGUACUAUUACACAUUUUAACAAAAAUAUUUUUUAAAAGAGAGAAUAUAGAUAUUUGUCGUAAAAUAAUUAUCUCGCCAAUUUUGUUAUAACAUAUAAAUAUUCCAUUGAUUAUUUUUACUAUUGUAUUUUAUCUUUUCAUAAAAUAUAAAAGUAAAUUAUAAUAUUUUAUAAUACAUAAAUGAAUAUUAAUCAUUCAAUUGUUGUUAAAAACGCGGUUACUUUUUCCUUUUUUUACAAUUAAUUAAUUGAUUUGAAUAAAAGUAUAAAUUAUAUUUACAUUAUAAAUAAUAUCACAAGGUGGUAAUGUAGUAUCAGUUACAUGUGCCAUUUAACUCACUUUAUAUGACCGCAUAUUUAAUACUGUUUAACCUAAAAUUGACGAGUCGUUACACUUAGAAACAUUGGUAUUAAAGAGAUUAAUUUUGUAAAAUAAAAAGAAAAUAUAAAGUAUGGGUGAAAACGAGGAUGUAAUUAAAGCUGGAAAUUAUGUGAUAGUGAAAAAACAAAAGUACACUAAAGUAUAUAAGGUGUCAUUAAAUGGAAUAUUAAUGUUAGGAAAGGAUGAAGUAGAUAUGCAAGAAAUAAUUGGUAAACCUUAUUGGACAACUUUUGAAAUGGUCCCAUCGAAAAAUAAUAAAAGAUCUUAUACAUUGAAGACUAUAAAAGAGGCAGAAUCUUGGAAUGAUUUAAAGAACACCGUAUCGAGUGGUUUAGACAAUCGUUGUAUCAUCAAUGAUGGUAAUUCUCAAAAAUUGUCGAAAGAAGAAAUUUUGCAACUUCAAGAAUCUGGAAAGUCUGGAAAGGAGAUAGUUGGUACUCUUAUAGAAAAUAGUAAAUCUUUCUCUGUAAAAACAGAAUACUCUCAAGAAAAAUAUAUAAAGAAGAAAGAACAAAAAUACUUUCGUUAUUUAAUAGUAUGUAAACCUACUAUAGUAUCAUUACACGAAGUAUACUUUAGACAAGAUCAUACACGUGUAGGAGGAUUAAGAAUGGAUGCUCUUUCUCAAUUGUUAUCAUAUAGCGAUGUUCAAUCGGAUGGAUUAUAUUUAUUAUAUGACAGUGGUUCACAAGGAUUACCUGGAGCUGCCAUAUUGCAUAGAAUUGGUGCAAAUACUACAGGAUUAUUAAUAAAUAUGCAUCCUGGAAAUAUACCUCAGUUAGCUAUUAUUCAAGCUAUGAAUUUUCCUAAGGAACAGAUUGAAAGACACAUAACAGUUAAUAUUUAUAGCUUUUUAAGAUUACAUUAUCAAGGGGAAUCAUCAUUAUUAAGUGAUAUAUCUCUUUGUAGAACAGUAUCUACUCCUACUACUUCUCAAUCUGAAAAUAAUGAAAUAUCAUUAAAUAGUAAUAACGAUUGUGAACAAGAAAUUAAAGUAGAAGAUAACACAGAAGUAUCAAAAGUUGGUCAAGCUAUAGAUAUUGAUAAGACUGAAACUACAAGCAAUGGAAUGCUCAAUAUGGAUACAAUUGAAGUGGAUAAAAAUUUAAUUUUGCAAAAUGUUAAUGAUACAAAUGAAUCUAAACUUAUGAGUGAUGUAAGUGAAGAAGAAAAAGUAGAAACAAGAAAAACUUUAAAACGCAAAUUAGAUGAUCCCAUUGAAACAGAACCUAUUAAAAAACCAAAAUGGUUAAUAGAAACGCAAUAUGCAUUGGAUCUUUUGAAAGGUUCUAAAGCUCGAGGUUUAGUUAUUGUGGCCAAAGAACAUCCUUUAAACAUCGUCAAAUCUUUGUUGCCUUUUCUUGGUGCAUCUAGACCAUUUGUAAUUUUUCAUGCUUAUAGAGAACCAUUACAGGAAACGUACAUAGCUCUUAAACAAACACAAAAUGUAGUGAAUUUAAGACUGUUUUCAAAUUUCUUACGUUCAUAUCAGAUAUUACCAGAUAGGACACAUCCAGAUAUUUUAACGAGCGAUACAGGUGGUUAUAUUUUAACAGGAUAUUUAGUCGAAUAAUGAUAUUAAUUAGACAAUAAUUUAAUUUCUAUAUAAAAAUAAGAAAAUCCAUAUACAUAAAUAAGAUGAAAAUAUAUAUAUAUAUAAAUAUAAAAUUUUCAAAAUGU